AUACUAAUGAACCUAUGUGCACUGUUUUUUUCUGUAUAUACAUGCUUUUUAACUUAAUGGGAAGCAAUUUAUAGCUUCUCUUUGGCAUAUUCGAAUUGCCAGCAUCACUACUCUUGCACUUUAGGGCCAUUAAGUAAAAUAAGGGUCACUGAAACACAAGUACUGCAGUACCAUGACAGUUGUCCCGAAUACUGAGAUGGCUACUGAGUGACUGAUGAGUGGGUGGCAUGUGCAGUGUGGAUGUGCGGGCCGAAGGGGUACUUCACACCCUGGACAGGACGGAGUGGGAAGGCAUGCGAUUUCAUCACACUACUCAGAAUGGUCUGUGUUUCAAAACGUAGGGAUUAUUUCUGGGAUUUUCCAUUUAAUAUUUUUGAACCUCGGUUGACCUCAGGUAACUGAAACUGGAACGUGAAACUGCAGGUAUGAUGUGCUCACUAGUGCCCUCGAGGGCUUCCUUGGAUGAGGACGCUUUGGAUGAUGCCUUGCUGGAACCAAGUGAAGGAGAAGAAGAUGAUGGCCUUUUCAGUGUCACUGAGGAAGAGGAGGAGGAGUUACUGAAGUCAGAUGAGGAGGAAGAGGAGAAGUCACUGCAGGCGGAUAAGGACGAGGAAAAUGCAUUGGAUAGCUGUGCACCAGCAGCGGAGACUCCUGGCCUCUCCAGAUUACCUCAACUAAACACACCAGUUGGUCAGGGACCGACUCCUACAAAACCAUUAAACAGACCCUUUGCACUAGAAAAGAACCAUGUAAAGUUAACCGUUGUUGCACCAUUUAACCCAACGGUUUGUGAUGCCGUGCUCGAUAAGGACAAGACUGAUGUGUCCACAGGUGUCGAGCAGCCCUCCUCCCUUGGAGAGGACGUGAGAGAAGACUGUGUUAGCCCGAAGAAGAGCAGACUUGGCACUUACUCUGAAGGAACCAUUCCCAGCGACUCUGCCUGGGAUGGGCCCCCAUUCCCUUCUCCUUCAAGUAAUAGCUUUAAACAGACUGUCCCUGAUAAAAGUACGCCUGAUAGUAAGAAACCUACACCUGUCUGCUCUCCGGUCCCGGACCAUUCAGAGACUCCUCGCACAGGGUCGUCCUGGAGAAACGGAUCCCAUAAGUCAAGUAAUGAAAUGAGGUUGCCAGUCGUUUCCAGUUCCUCAGACAAAGAUGUUCUUGACAAGGACUCUGGGAAGCUGAAAGUCCCCGAGAGAAUAGGCAAAGUCAUUCCUGUUCUGCAAGCCAAAGCAAGGACUAAUGGUCCAACAUUUUCACAAUCAGAUCUAGAACGGAAGAAGCAAACUUAUGUCAGGAAUGUUUUUGCUCAUAUAAAAGACUCAAUGGACUCGAACCAAGGUGCCUUGGUGGAACUGUAUUCUUUGAUGGAUCAAGUUCAUCAUAGGCAUAACCAUUCACAUCCUUCGGACCUCACCAUUCGAAACUACGCCCGGCUCCGACCGAAGCCUCUGGAAAGGUGCAGCCUGACUGAGUGGGUGGACAGGAAUCAGCGCAGCCACCCGCGGUUCCAGAGUCUCUGAGACGGCGUCCGGGGCGGCUCGCUUGCCACGGCCCGUCGGCAGUGGGCUCCCCUGUUCAGCGUCCUGUCCAGAGCUGCAGCUCACCUUCUCCUGCUCUUUCGUGCUUUGGAGAUUUUGAGUUCUAUUUUUCACAAUAUUUUUAUUUAAAGAACUUGUCGCCUUUUGGAAAUGCCCAUUACUGACUUGAAUUUUUUGUAUAAAGUUCGUGUGUGUGUGUGUGUGUGUGUGUGUGUGUAAGCAGUGUUUAGUUGUUACAGUUUUUGUUUUUUCCUUUAAGUUGAAUGUGGCCGCCUCCUGAAAGCCAACAUUAAGCCAAAACACCCCUGGCCUAACAAAGCCCCACCUUCGUGCAGGAGGAAAGUUUACUGGUGCCCAAAGGAAAGCAUCUUCUACUCUCUGAGGAAGAGAUCCUUGGUCGGGCUGCAGGGGGGUGUUGCUCCUGCUCACCCCGUGUACAUGGAUACAAGUCACUUUUACCAGCCCUUCUUACUUUCUUAUUUGAAUCUCUCAAUCCUGUCAAAAUGUUCGAGUUGGUAAUCUGAGAUAUUUGAAGCAGGAUGGGGCAGGACCAAAGUCCUGUUGAAAGGACACAUUAAAAGAGUAAAUCUUCUCUCCUUUUUGUGCCUGCUACCUGCCUUUAUUUUUUGGCUUUUAUUCCACUCAUUGAAUUUGCUUUGCACAAUUGUGUUUGCAGACCUUACACAUGCUAACCGACGGCAGACUGCUGGCUAACCUGUGUUGGUUUGUGGUCUCAUAACUCUCCUGCCUUCCUUCAAGGGCUUUCCUUUUUCCCGGUGACCGCUGUGCUCUGGGGUCCGACAGGCGCGCUCCUGUGAGCCGCGGGUGCGCCUCCUGAGCACAGUCUCCCUGCUCUCUUCGUUGAAGAGCUGGUCUCCUAGGGUCUUAACUUCGGGGCAGGCCAGAAAGCCAGUGCCAGUGAGGUGUCCGCUCAUCCUCAGUGUCAUCUGCCAAACCCUAACUUGAGGUACGAGGUCACGUGUUAGUGAGCCUCCCACUACAAGAGAGACUUUGGAGAGGCCCUCCUGUUUCCAUUGUAACUCAGCAAAACGUGCCUUGGACCCUGGAUGUUACCUACUCAUUUGGUCAGACCUCUGAAACGCCCCCUGGUGUUUGGUGAGAUGUUACAUAUUCCUGUAAAGGGUUGAAUUAGAGACCUAAAAAGUGGACUCUAGAGGACACCCGUCCUGAAAAGCCAGUGCUUGAGGGGACAGGAUUAGGGGAAAAGGACUCCUGCCCCCACAGAAAAAGACUCCGAGGUCCUUCCCGGCAGGUUUCGCCGAGCUGCUGAGGCGGCUCUCGUAAAGCUAUGAGGACGCCUGUGCACAAAGCGCUUCCCAACCCUACAUGUGGCCUGAUCUUGGUGCUCUAACCCGAGGGACAGGCUUUGUGCAGCCCUCCUAAUGCAUGUCUUAGCAGCUUGCUGUUUCUUAAUGGACAGCUCUAGGCAUCUUCUGGGUGAUCCUGCAGUCCAGCCUUCAUGCUGCUAUUCUCGUUCUGUGAAGGUUGCACGUGGUCGCCGAAGUGCAGCCUGUGACACUGGGCUAGCUGCCUCUGCCUGGUUUGGUGGUUUCAUCGGCCCCGUCUCCGUGUGUGAGGGACCCAUCUGAAACAUCCUGCCCUGCUAUGGAGACGGGCUUGGGGAAAGCUUGGUCAUUCAGCCACCAAUAAAUGUAGAUGGAUGCCUCUUAAGUAUUUACUGUUUUUAUGCAGUUAAGGAUUCUCUACUCUUUGGACAUUUGGUUUAAUUCUGAGACCAGAAUGCUAAAAAGUUCUGUUCAAAGGCAAGGGUCAAAUCUGUUUUUGCCGUUGUCAGCCAUGAGUCACUUCUCCAGGUUUCCCGAAAUUAGCUUGAGAGAGACUGAGACAAACAUUGACCUUUGGGAGCACAGCGUGGCUGCUAUAAUCAUAUAGUUACUUUCUAUUAUAAUUAUAGCUGGCUGGUUCCCCAUGGAUAACCCAAGCCGUAAAGGGGCAGUGCUUUGCUUCGGCAAAAACCUAAGGCUCGUGUUUCUGCUUUCUUGGUGCAAAAGGGUUUCACUCUGAAUGUGUAAUGGGGGCAUCGCCUUUGCCAAUCAAAUGAGUGACAGGUUAACUCUAAAAUGUGACAAUCACAUUUCCUCUUUGCUCACAUAAUUCUGUUUUUCCAAAGCUUUAGCAGCUUAAUUAAAUCUGUUGGACUGGAGGAGGAAAAACUGUUCUCAAGCAGUUUGCACGAUAUUCUUUAAAGAGGAAGAAAGCUAAAGAAACUCAUCAUCAGGCAUGCUCGCCUUAAAGGUGGUAGUGGGCAAAAUCUGGAGUUUCAGUGUUUUUAAAGAUGCAUAUCUCAUGUUUGGCAUUGGCCUCUAAGCCUAGUAUUUCAUGGGGAAUUCUUGCUGUAUUUUACGUUGUGUACAUUUAACUGCCUGACUGGCUUCCUUCAUCCAUGAAGACAUUCUCACCACAGGGGGGUUGGUUGAUAAAGCAGAGUAAAAAUGUACUGUUCGUGUGGUUUACUUGUAUUUUUGCCUCUAACGCAGACCCUGCGCUGCUUGAGUUGUUGUCAGGAUCAAUUAUGAAACAAGUUUGGUGCCUCCUCUUGAUCAUGUUUUUCCUCUUGUAGCAGUUGUGUUUAAUGUCAUUAAAAAGAAAUAAAAGUUCUCGU